AUGGCAUCAGGAGUGGUGACACACACUUUGGGCUUUCCCCGAGUUGGCGUACAGCGCGAGUUAAAAAAAGCCCUUGAGGCGUAUUGGGCCGGCAAAGAGAAAGAAACCGGAUUACGCGCCACUGGCAGUGAAUUGCGGCUUCGUCAUUGGAAACAACAGAUGGAACGUGGAGUGGAUAUGAUCCCUGUUGGUGAUUUUCACUGGUAUGAUCACAUGCUGGCAGCAAGUCUUAUGUUGAAUAAUGUACCUCCACGACACCAGUCUGCAAAUGGCAUUAUUGAUAUCGACACAUUGUUUCGUAUUGGACGUGGUCGGGCCCCUACAGGAACACCAGCAGCCGCAUCUGAAAUGACAAAGUGGUUUAAUACGAAUUAUCAUUAUAUCGUUCCAGAAUUUGUAAGUCCUACACAAAAUUUCAGUUUUGCAUGGCCUCAACUCUUGGAAGAAGUAGAUGAGUUGUUAAAGGUAUGUGAACCACGCCGUGUAAAGCCCAUUCUUGUGGGACCCGUAACCUAUUUACUUCUUGGAAAAGUAAAGGCUGAAGAGAAGUUUGAUCGCCUUUCACUGUUACCUCGUAUUUUACCCGUAUAUGUGGAGGUGUUAAAGGCAUUGGCCUCACGUGGAAUUCAAUGGGUACAAAUCGAUGAACCCACACUUGUGUUGGAACUGGAGACCCCAUGGUUGUCGGCAUUCAAAACAGCGUACGAUACACUACGUCAACAGGCAGGCAACGCACCUAAAAUUCUCCUAACAACAUACUUUGAAGGAAUUGGACACAACUUGUCUACUAUUAAGGAAUUGGCUGUGGAUGGAUUACACUUGGAUUUGGUGGCUGGACAUGAUGAUAUAAUGGCAGUUGAAAAGGCAUUACCAAAAUCAUGGGUACUCUCUGCAGGUGUUAUUAAUGGCCGUAAUGUUUGGCGUGCGGAUUUAAACAGUAUUCAUGAUAAACUGGAAGCCCUUCGUCGCAGUUCACCUCAUCGUGCCUUAUGGGUGGGAACAUCAUGUUCACUUCUGCAUUCACCAGUGGAUCUUGAUUGUGAAACGAAACUAGAUGCAGAAUUAAAAAGUUGGUUGGCCUUUGCAUUACAAAAGUGUGAUGAACUCAGUCUUCUUUGCAGUGCUUUAAGCAGUGGGGCGAAGGAUCAAAUAACGGCCUACAGUGCUUGUGUACAUCAACAUCAUACAUCUAAACGGGUGAUUAAUGAAACUGUACGGGAACGGGUAUCAAAGUUAACAAAGGAUGAUGCCCAACGAUCUCUUCCAUAUCUGAAACGAGCAGAAGUUCAACAUAAACUUUUAAAACUACCUUUAUGGCCUACUACCACUAUUGGAUCGUUUCCACAAACACCUGAUAUUCGUACGCAACGACUGGACUUUAAAAAGGGUCGAACGACUAAGGAAACGUAUACAGAACAAUUAAAGGAUCAUAUUAAACAAAUGGUAAAAGAGCAAGAAGAAAUUGAAUUGGAUGUCUUGGUUCAUGGAGAACCAGAACGUAAUGACAUGGUAGAAUACUUUGGUGAAUUAAUGAGUGGAUUUGUCUUUACGGAAAAUGGAUGGGUACAAAGUUAUGGAUCUCGUUGUGUAAAGCCUCCUAUUAUCUUUGGUGAUGUCAGCCGUCCUGCUGCCAUGACAGUGGAAUGGUCUGCUUAUGCCCAAUCCCUCACGCAAAAACCAAUGAAGGGAAUGUUAACAGGACCCGUUACUAUUCUCUGUUGGUCAUUCCCUCGUGAAGAUUUAUCACGUAAAGUGAUAGCGCAGCAACUUGCCCUUGCCUUACGUGAAGAAGUAAAUGAUUUACAGAAUAAUGGUAUUCAUGUUAUUCAGGUGGAUGAACCAGCUGUGCGUGAGGGACUUCCACUGAAAAAACAAGAUUGGCCGGAAUAUUUAAGAUGGGCAGCAGAAGCAUUUAAAAUUACCGUCGCUCUUGCCAAACCUGAAACACAAAUCCAUACACAUAUGUGUUACAGUGAAGUAAAUGAAAUUAUUGAAACUAUUGCCGCAAUGGAUGCGGAUGUUAUCACACUGGAAGCAGCCCGUUCAGAUAUGGAGUUGUUGGAAGCCUUUGAUAACUUUACAUACCCUAAUGAAAUUGGUCCUGGUGUGUAUGAUAUUCACAGUCCCAAUGUGCCAACGGUGAAGGCAAUGGUGGAGUUGUUGCUUAAAGCCGCCCAGCGAGUGCCAAUGAAACGACUUUGGGUGAAUCCCGACUGUGGACUGAAGACACGCGGCUGGCCAGAAACACGUGCAUCCCUCAAGAAUAUGGUGGAAGCAGCAAAGGAAUUACGUAAAACCAAAACAGAGUGA